AUGUUGGCUAACGUGACCACCACGAUGAAUGGAACGCAAGCAACGAACUGCCUCGAUCCUUCAGUUGUUAAAAAAGGAAACACCUUUGCUUUCUGUCUGCUUUUUGUAGUUUCGCUGGUUGGAAAUACCUUGAUCGGAGUAAUUAUCUACAGGACGAAAUCCCUGAGAAAGCCCGUCAACUUCUUUAUCGCAAACAUGGCCGUGUCAGAUCUGCUCAUUCCGAUUUUCCUGUUUCCGAUGAAGUUGGUAGGAUUAUACACCGAAUCAUGGAAAGGGGGAGAUGGUCCUUUCGGCCAAUCUUUGUGUAAGUUGGUUCACUUCUCAGUGGAUGCCUCCGCGGUAGUGUCAAUUCAAAGCCUGGUACUGAUUGCAGUGGAUCGAUUUGGAGGUGUGGUUGUUCCCCUCCGUGCCCCACUCAUCAGCUCAAAGAAGUGCCGGUUCUAUAUUCUUGCCACUUGGAUCAUCGCUGUAGCUGUUCAAUGCCCAAAUCUGUUCGCCUUAAAAGUCGUCGAGUAUCCAGGAGGGCUGCGGUGUUACCUGCUGUGGAACGAUGCAUUUGGAGAGUCCUUUUCCUACCAAGAUUACAUCCUCACGAAACACAUAGUAUUUUUAUUCAUUCCUCUAAUCCUCAUUGCUGUACUUUACUUUUUAAUUGCAUUAAGAAUCAAAUCUCGGAAGGUUCCGAGGGACUAUUCUUUCAACGCAAGGAGACAGGGUUUGAGGAGACAUCGAAAUGCUCUGAGAAUGUUUAUUGCAAUAGUGUUUGUUUUCGCAAUCUGUUGGCUGCCUUUCUCUGUCAUUUGGCGCCUAGAUGGCGUCAAAUUGUCUUGUAGUUUCCAAUAUUUCCAACUUAUUGCCUAUUUUUUAGCAAUAUCAAACUGUGCCAUAAACCCUUGUAUCUGUUUUAUUUCCAAUGCAAAUUAUCGUCAAGCCCUAACAAAUCUUUUCAGCUGUUUUUCAGAUUCUCCCAGGGCUUAUAAAGCUGUCGUGUAAUCGUGACCCGACUGUUUCCGUGUUUCUCCGAGACACUGAAGAUUUAUUUGCAGAGCUUUUUAAUCUGCAACUUACAAAAAGUUACCAUGGGAAACGAAAAUUUCAUUUAAGAAAUUAUAGCCACAACUGAUUCAAUAGAUUUAUAUUAAGUACUCUCGAAAGUACAUCGUUUUAUGGCGUCAUUUAAAUUGUUGUUACCUUAUCGAUAAUAACUCUUGACCAAUUAGGCGGUAGAAUUUCUUCAAUAAGUUGUACAUUGCAGUACACCAUGAUAUCGUUACUCAGCCACGGGAGUCUCAUUUAGAGAGAAACAAAUAGAAAUUCGGUAUGGUAGUUCUGUGACUAUUGCAAAAAUACUUGAAAAUAAGACUAGCAUAUGUACAGUGCAUAGGGUCAUCUUCCCUUUAAGUUGCAAGUCUUGUUAUUGAUAUUCCAUUAUUGUCUUUAGAAAGGAAAUAAAGAUUGAAAAGGAAAGGAAAACAGUUCUUUCUUAACUCCUUGACCAGUAAGAGUGACAUGCAUCUAAUUUUUCCUUACAAUAUCACCCUAGAGCCACUUAUUAAGGUCACAAGAAUGUAGAAAAUGAUCACCAACUAAAGUUCUUGAUUGUUAAACAAAUUCUCCCAAUGAAAACCUCGGGAAAUGGAUGAAGAACAGUAAGGAGAAUAUGCAUACUGAUGUUAGGGUGUAAAGGGUUACAAAGUGGGAACUUUAGUACCAGCUUACUUAAGCUAUCUCUGAUCCAUUGUUUAGUCUUACCCACCCUACCCUUAUUGUUGCAUUACUUUACGGAGGAGCGGGGAGGAGUUCGGAGAAUUUUGUUUGUGUCACGAUAAAAUGUUCCUCAUCCCCCCAUAAGGCUCAGUAAUCCUAUGAUUCCCCUCAUUGGUAGUUAAUUUUCCAGUCUCCACUUUAUACACUAUUGGCGACGACAUGCGAUCCUCCUGGAAUCUCCCUUCUUCUAGAAUCCUCCUCUCCUCGCUGAAAGACAUAUUCGAAGAUUUGCUGGGCGCCGAACGAGGCCGAACAGACGGCAUACAUUUUGAACAUUUAUGCACGGUGCCGAUGAAAUGGUUCGUUCGAGAGGCGGGUUUUAGGAAUCGACAAUCUUUUUUUCCUUUACUCAUCUCUCUCUUUGGCAUAUUUCCCCUAUUUUGUAAACGUUUUCUUCUGUCUCGGUUUAUUUGUUUUGUAAUUUGUUUUCGCUUUUUCUGUUUUUUUUAACACUCUCUGAUUGCCAUAAUUAAGACUAUACCACAAUAAAAUUUAUGAAAGAGAAAUCAACGAAAAUAGAUGUCCUAUGAAGAAACUUUCGAUGAGAAACGCAACAGUAGAUGUUUAUAAGCUGUAAAUCUACUCCAGAAGGCCAACCAGAAUAUAGAUGGAAGACAUUUGAAGAGAUAACUAGCUGCUCGAAGACUUUUAGAAUUAACAUGAGAUUUCGCGGAUCACGAGUAGAUACGAUUGUUGCACAUGUUUUGCGACCAACAAAAAAACGAAUGAUGUGUUGUAUUUGAGCUCGUUAGUUCAUAUCGUUGAUUCCCAGUUGUUGUUGAAAAAAAAUAAUAUUUGAAAAUGAUUAUUCUCAUUCUACUUGGCACGUUAUUUUGUUUGAAAUGUUUAUGCAUGUAUUGGUUAUUUAUAAAAAAGAGCGACCGUAACAACAGAUCGAUAACAAAUUUUCCCCGAUUUUUGAUUAACUUAAAUAGCGACAUAAAACGUCUUCAAAAGCACUGUGUAAAAUAGUUUUUCAGAAUGUUGGAGGCUUAACAGAGAAACAACAUGUCAUUCUUUAAACAAAACCAGAUGUUUUCUUAUGUUAAGAUAGGGACAAAAGACUUUUGCUGGGAGCAAUAAAAUGAGUAAGUUUUAUUGAAUUAUUUACAUUUUAGGAUAAUUUUAUGACUUAAAACGACUGGUGGAUUUGCGUUUGAGUGAAGGAAAUAGAAUGGAACUAAAUAGUUCGCUCAAACGAGAAUAAACUGCAACUAAACUUAUCUCAGCUAUGACAAGAGGAAGCUUUGAGUGUCAAUCACAAUUUACUCAUAACGAUUCUGCCUCGAGAAACUGUAUUAAAAAUGUUAAUAAUCAGGUUUGUUUUAUGAAAUGAAAGUUUAAGAACAGCCGCCAAAAGUAGAACACUACCAGCUGUAGACACUGACUUCAGUUUCAGUCAGAUGAGGAUGUCGGCAAACUUGACUGCUCAAAUGAAUGGAACACAAGCAUUAAGCUUCUUGAACCGUAUGCAUGAAGCAACAAGAAUUGGACUGACCUUCUAUCAUUGCCUGAUUUUCGUUGUAUCACUGAUCGGAAAUAUCAUCAUCGGAAUUAUUGUCUACAGGACGAAAUCCAUGCAAAACCCAAGCAACUUUUUCAUCGCAAACAUGGCCAUGUCAGAUCUGAUAUUACCGAUUUUCCAUUUUCCGUACUUUGUAACGAAGAUUAACUUCGGCUGGUUGACGAGUGGUCCCCUUGGACAAGCCUUGUGUAAGCUAGUAUUCUUUUUGCCAAAUACUUCUAGUCUUGUGUCGAUUCAGAGCCUGGUUUUAAUUGCAGUGGAUCGAUUUGGAGCAGUAUUUUUUCCCCUCCGUUCCUCACUCAUCAGUUCAAAGCAGUGCUGGCUCUUCAUACUCGCCACUUGGAUCAUUGGUGCCGCUGUUCAUAUCCCAGACCUGCUGAGCUUGAAACUUGUUGAGAAUCAAGAAGGGCUGUCAUGUGAGCACAAAUGGAAUGACGCAUUUGGGGACUCCUCGUCUUUCCGAAACUACGCAGUACCAAUGCUUAUAGUUUUCUGGCUUGCCCCUAUGGUUUUGAUUGCCAUAAUUUACAUGACAGUUUUUUUCAAACUAAAAUCCCAGAGGAUUCCAGGCGAAAAAUCAGCCAAUGCAAGAGCACUACGUUUGAGGAGAGAGAGAAAUGUACUGAAGAUGUCCAUCGCCAUCGUGUUAACAUUCGCAGUAUGCUGGCUGCCCAACACUAUCUGUUGGUUCCUUUUCUUCUAUCCAUCAGACGGCGAUAUGACGGCGUCUCGCGGCUUCCACUAUUUCAUAGUUAUUUCAAUUCUCCUGAGAAUUUCAAACUGUGCUCUAAACCCAUGCAUCUGUUUUAUUUUCAGUGGAAAUUAUCGACAAGGUCUAAAAAAACUCCUUAGGUGC